CUAUCGAUUGGAAAUUUGGUGCGGGAGGGAGAAGAGCGCGACCCGCGGAUGAUGGCUGGAAAGGAGAGUUUACGCAGCACCAGAUAAAGAAACGCCGUUAGAAAGUUGAUAAAAAAAAAAAAAAAAAAGACUGGCUGCUUAUCGCACAAAAAAUCUAAAACUUGACUGACGAAAAAGCCAAAGAAUCGGGCUAGUGGCUUUGUAAAGAAUACACGCUGGGCUUGAUUCUUACGCGAAGCAUGAAAAAAACAGACAGUUAAAUCUGACGAAAUUUGUGUUUUUACUUGAAUUAAUUGAAAUAAUAAUGUUCAAAAUAAAAUGAACACAAGCGUAAACUUUUAAUGACUGUGACACUUUGAAAAAAAAAAAAAAAAAAGAAAACACCGAAACAUGCAACCUAAGGAAGAGGUCACAUAACGGAUACAGUUUUUUUUUUAAGUUUUUAAAUAUUAGAAGAAAAAUCCUGAAGAAACAUGAACUCGUCGUAUUUGUUGGGAGAAGAUCAAGAUUGGGGUGUGAGGUCUUACUUCACCUAUUACAGUGAAUUUGGUGAUCAGAGCGGAGCUAGAGGCGUAGAGGUGCUGGUGAUGGCUGUGUGCUUCGUAAUGAGUGUCAUCACGAAUAUCGGAAUCGGUGCGUGCGUGUUGCGCUUUCGCGAGAUGCGCACGCCAAUGAAUCUUUGCCUGGUCAAUUUAGCAGCGGCCGAUCUUCUGUUCACCCUUGGCGUGCCCGCCGUGGCCUACACUCGAUUCACGCAAUCUUGGAUGCUCGGCGAGGCUGUUUGUCGCAUGCUUCCAUACUCUCAGUUUGUGUGCGGCUUUGUGCUGUUAUGGACGCUGACGCUCAUUUCAAUGGACCGGCAUCGUUGCUUGGCGGUGGUACCCUAUCGCAGCGCCCUGACCGUCACUCGAGUUAUUACUGCCAGUUUUCUCACUUGGUUCGUCGCAGCCUUAAUCUUUCUGCCGAUCGUUUUGUGGUUUCAGACCAAGGUGACAGACAACGGCUUGACCAUUUGCACUCUAAUCUUCCCACGCAGUGACGUCAUUAACGUGUCUCUUUGCUUCACGAUUCCAAUCAUCAUAUUCACUUUCCUUCUGCCGAUAGCUUUGUUGGUCUACUUUUACCAGAGGAUCUUCAAAAAAUUGGUCGACACGAGAAAUCGAUGGGCAGUGCCUUGCGUAGCCCAGGGUUUGGACGGCGACAGUAAUAAACGCAGAGACUCGGAGUUAUCGAUAGUCGGUACACUGAUGCCUUGGGCUGGCCGCAAGCUGUCUUCUGCCUCGAUACAGGGUAACGCGACGUGCGCCCGGCAAAAUCGCGCCGGUAGUCUGUCACAACAGGAGGAGAUCAGAUUGCACAAGCAUCUUCGCGUCGUGCGCCUCCUUUUGCUCAAUGUCUUCGUGGUCCUGGUUAUGUGGAUACCGAUUACAGUUGUCAUGGUGCUUAUCUAUGUAGAUGGACACCGGCCCACCGAGGAUACUGAAUUUUUUCUCAGAUCUUACCACCUGAUUUGGGCGCUGAUAAUCGCCCAAUUUAACACAGUGGUGAACCCGCUGCUUUACGGUGUGUCCUCGGAAAACUUUCGAGUCUGCCUGACGAAGCUCUGGAAGCGCGAAACGGCACCGCGCAUCAACAUUUGCACCAACGAAGCCGCGGAAACGGACCGCGGCAGCGGCACCAGCGCCAAUUGCUCGCGCGGCAACCCGGUGAGCAGCAGCGGAGCCGGCAAAUCAUCCGCAAAGACGUUACAGGUGGACAGACAAGUUGCCAAAGGGUGCGCGAGUGGUGGCAAUAAUUACCGAAGUAAAAACUCGUCAUGCUCGUGCCCCGUACGUUCGACCAAGAUCUCGAACUCUACCAUUGGCAGUAUCAAAGAGAUACCGGCUUCGGAGAGAUAGUAGAACGUUUGUUGAAUUUUUUUGAAAUAACCGACCGUACGAUGAGUAGUGUGAUAUUUAUGUCGUUGAUGAACGUUGCGUGUUUAAAUCUCCCUCACCGAAAUUUUUUGAAAGAAUUCUCGCAAUAUUUCUACACAGGAUAUCGUGCAAAAACUCUUUGGUGUUUGUGUCUUGCAAGCAAUUUUUACUACUUAAAAUGGAUUAUUAUCUGAUUUGACGUACAGAAGGUUGCAGUAUUUCAUCUUAGAUUAUUGAAAAACAUUUCUUUUCAUUCGAGCAAAUUUAUUUAUAAAAUUUUCAAAUAAAUAACUUGAAAAUCUCAGUUUUGGUGUCAUUGUAAGGAUUUUAUCAUUAAAAAUAGAUGACAUACCUGCGUCUUACAAAAAUUCUUUUCAGAAAUCGUGAUAAAGAUGCCCACGUAAUUAUUUAUAUUUUUUCGAAUAUCUUAUUAUUGUUUUAAUAGAUCGAAAAAAUAGGAAACUUGCAUUUAAUGUAAAUAAAGUAGAACGCCUUGUUUGAAAGUAAUUUAAUUAAUUUAAUGAAACUGGCUGAACACUUGCGGUCUGAUUUCCAUAUUAUAUAGUAAAUAAAUCUACGUGAUGAACUGAGGGUUCAUAUUAGUUUUUUUAAUAAAAUAUUUACCGUACAAAACUGUUGAUUAUAAAAAUAAUAAUAAAAUCACGAAAUGUAUCAUCAGGGUAAAUAAAGUUAUCCGUAUUCACGUUAACAUUAUUAUUUCAUGAGAUUUUUAAUGUUAAAGUAUUCAAAGAUUAUUGUUGAAAUCAAAUUGAUUGCAUAAUUAGAAAAAGAAAAACUUUAGUAUAUAGCAAAUAAUAGCAGGCAAGUAAAAAAAGUUAUGAAUUUAACUUCAAAUAAAAAUACCACUCAAUUGAAAAUGUGAUAAUAAAUAAGUGUCUUAUACCAAUUUUAAGUUUACUACAUCAAUUUAAAGUAGUCAAGUAUUUAUUUUUUAUUUUUUCUUAAUGUAAUAGUAAGAAAUAAAUGUAAAUUCUUAGUACAAUGUAUAAAUAAAUCAUAUUAUAUUUAUACAAAAAAAUUUAUACAGAUUAAUGUAAAAUAGAUUUAUGUCCAAAGAUGCAUAAUUAAUUGUGUAUAGAAUACUAUAUGAAUACAUUUGCGUACAAAAUAGUCAACUGAGCCAACGUUUAAUUGUACAGAAAAAAUUAUUAGUUGGUAUACCAUUAACUAUAUCUAAUGUAAUAUCAACAGGUAUGAACACAAUUGUGAAAAUGACAAGAUGUGAAA